AUGCCUAAUGUGAAAAUUAGUGCUGAAUUACAUAUCUACUUGUUUGCAAACCAAAUCAAUAAAUGCCACAUUAUCUAUGUUCCUCCGCCUUUCGCCGCCAAAGCCAUCAUGGAGGCCUUGGAGGCUGAGUUGGAUCUCGUUGUUUGCAUCACUGAAGGCAUCCCCCAACAUGAUAUGGUGCGAGUUAAAGCAGCGAUUAACAGACAGUCGAAAACUCGUCUGAUAGGACCAAACUGCCCUGGUAUCAUCAAGCCUGGGGAAUGUAAAAUCGGAAUCAUGCCGGGUUACAUUCAUAAGCCUGGGCGCAUUGGAAUUGUUUCUCAUUCUGGGACUUUGACGUAUGAGGCGGUUUUCCAAACGUCUGCUGUUGGCCUUGGACAAUCCACUUGUGUGGGUAUUGGAGGAGAUCCCUUUAAUGGAACAAAUUUUGUUGAUUGCCUUAAGAAAUUCCUAUCAGAUCCUCAGACAGAAGGUAUCGUUCUUAUUGGAGAGAUAGGUGGAACUGCAGAAGAGGAUGUUGCUGCACUAAUUAAGGUUCCUUUUAAUUGUUACCUGUGCAUAAAUUUUCUGUGCUGCAUUAUUAUUCUAUUCCAAAUACUUUUAUUUUAUCAAAUCAAUUUAUGAUGUUCUGGCAUCUGUUCUCCAAUGUGUAGUGAUUAUUAUCAAUUGCAAAUUAUCUCUUUUCUAGUCCAACUUAUUUACAAAUGUUUUUUCUUUCUUUCUAUAUUUUGUUUUUGUCACCCUACACUUCAGUUUCAGUUUGAAACCAUGAACUAAAAACUGAUGUAUACAGAUUGCAUACCAAUAUAUC